AUGGAGCCACACAGAAACAUAACGGUGGAUGACUAUGCUAUCCUGCGACUUCCUUCAGGUGCCAGGAAAAUGAUUCAGCUGCGUAUUGAAGGUGUGAUCAAUAUGGGAAAAUUUGGAACAUUUAACGUCGAAAAUGUUCUAGGUUAUCCAUACGGACAAGCAUUCGAAAUCGGCACUGAAAAUAAGGUCAGCGCAAUUGAAAGCUUGGAAGUAGGUAUCACGGAUCUUGCUGAGUUAGAUACUGACGAAUUGGUUAGCGGUUCGAGCAAGGAUAAUCGGUUAUUGAUCGAUGGAGCUAAUGUACAAAAGUUAACCGUAGAAGAGGUCGAGGAAAUGAAAAACAAAAUGGGCGGUAACGAAGUUGCCCGUGAAAUCAUUCAAACAAUGAUCAAAAAUCAUGGGUCUUUCGACAAGAAAACAGCAUAUUCACAGGAAAAGUACCUUGACCGUAAACACAAGAAAUUCUUACGCCGCUUUUCCAUCAACUACUUGACUUCAAAUGAGAUGUUAGAUUAUCUAUACUAUGAAAAGGAGCCUUUUAGAAUAAUGAAUCUGAGUAUAGAGAUGCUUGGGUCAAUGAUGAGUUUUGGGAAUGUGAUGCCGGGUGGAAACUAUCUAGUUGUGGAUGAAACUGGUGGUUUGGUUGUUUACGCAAUGUUGGAAAGAAUGGGAAACAGAGGUACCAUCACUUUGUUACAUGAAAACGAUCAGCCUAGUGUUCAUUUGCUCAACAAAACUAGAUAUGUCAAGGAAAUCUCCACCUCUCCAGAAAGUAUGGUGCAAUGCAUAAAUGUUUUGCAAUUUCUAGAGCCAGAGACAGAGAGACCAGAUUUCAAGCCAUUAGAUGAAGAAGAAUAUAAGAAACUUCCUGAGCAAAUGCGGACUCAAUAUGACAGAAAGUUAAAAAGGUUCCAUAUUAUCAACAAAGUUUUAGAUCGUGUCAUUGAAAAUGACUUUGAAAGCUUGAUAUAUGUAUCGACGUUGAACCCUACAACAUUUGUUCCUAAACUCUUACCACGCUUGCGUGGCUCUUCACCGUUAGUGAUUUACAACCAAUACAAAGAAGCUUUGAUUGAGCUAAAUCAUAUCUUUUUGAGAGAAAAAGGAAUUUUGUUGCCAAAUAUUCACCAUUCGGUGGUCAGAAAGUAUCAAACCAUUCCUGGUAGGAUACAUCCACUGAUGACAUCGAGGUCGGAUGGUGGAUAUAUUCUCACAGGUAUAAAAGUUUUCCCAAUAGAAAACGUUGUGGCCAUUGGUAGAGGUACUAAAAAGAGAAGAAUAGCUAAAGCUAAUGAAAGUAAUGGGGACAAUUCAUCAGGAAAAGUUGAAGAAACUAAAGGUGAAGAAUGCAAAGCUUCUGAAGCCCUUGAAACAGCAGAAGAGGUCUCAAUAUAA